AUGGCGGAGUUUGCUGCGACUCAACUCACGUAUAAGAAUCCCUGUGCCUUUGCGCAAAGCAUUUCUUUUUGCGAGACAUCCCAUCUCAACGAGGUCGGCAACAUGACUGUACAGAAAACGACACCUUCAUCCUCCGGCUAUAAAAGCAACGUCAUGACUUCUGGCCAUUCAAAGGGCCGUGUGGUUUGGCCAUCGCCACCUCUGGCUCCGACUGAUGUUGACACCAACUACUACGUUCAGGACUUUACCAUACCGUGUAACUGUUUGGCCGCGGAAUGCACUUCAACAGCAUCUCCCAUUGGCGGGUGGUGUGCUUCCGUGCCUACUAUGGAUCAACCUUUGGAACAGUAUCAAGCUCAAGGAGUGUCCGGCCAUGUCCAGGAUCUCCCCAAAAUCUCCACGCCGAGUCCAUCAGCCGAUCUUGGUCUGGAUAGCACGGACGGAUUUCUUCUUGCCCUCAACUGUGAUAAUGCAGACCCAAGCAGCCACCUGUGGGGAGUUGAUAUCACGCCGUCGAUGAACACAUUUGGGAACAGUCCAGCGUCUCAAUCUGACUCUGCGGUCGACUCGCCAGCGUCAAUGGACACGCAAAAGGACACAACGACUACGAAUCGUCAAAAGUCUCGAUCGGUUCCUUCUUCUUUUGCAUCUCCGCCGUCAGACUCGACCGAUUCUGGGGAAACAGAGAAGCCUGACGAGCCAUAUGCGAAGCUGAUCUAUAAAGCAUUCAUGACUCGCCCAAACUAUUCAAUGACAUUACAGGAAAUCUACCAGUGGUUCCGAGAACAUACUACCAAGGCAGUUACGGAGACUGGUGGUUGGCAAAACAGCAUCCGGCACAACCUGAGCAUGAACGCAGCGUUUAGAAAACGUGACAAGGUAGUCUCCAAGGCUUCACGGAAUCUGUCGAGCACAACUGAGGCGUCAAAACGGGUAAACGAAUGGGUGCUGGAGGACUGGGCUGUUCGCGAUGGAGUGCAGAGCACCACAAGAUACCGACAAAAAUCCUAUGCGAAACGAGCCGGGUCCGCAGGACGAAAUGGCGUCGAGACAUGGGCCGUUGGGCACUCGGUCAAACGAGCACUGUCUGGCCGGAAGGGAGGAUGCGCUACGAGAGCUGCCCGAGUGGGAAGAACAAGUCCGUACGGACAAAUGAUGCAAUUCCCUCACCAAUCUCAGCAAGUGCUUGAUUUCCGAGCAGUUUCGCCCACCUAUGCCUCAGUGGCUGAAAUCUAUGGCAUGAGACCUGCUCUGCCUGGUCAGUAUACUGCCAUGCCUCAGUAUACGUCACUUGACGCCUACCGAGAAGCAAUCAUGGGCAGAUGUGGAGGUGAUGCCACUUCUGAGCCACAGCAGCUGAGACCAGCGGAUUCCAAUUCGCAACAGGUAAUGGCCAACAGCAGUAACGCACGCCACGCCAAUCACGCCGCGCCUUGCGACGAGCCAACUGCACCGAGUACCAGAACGCCGGCUCUUGAUAUGGCAUUUGGUCCCGGCGAGGUCCAACGACUUGCUAGUGUCAAGUAUGAAGACGCCGAGGCCUGUGUGUCUACGUUGCCGACUUGUCGUCCCUAUCAGCCCUUGCAGGGGAGCUCAUACCUCUGGUGGAAUCAAACUGGCCAGUAG